AUGGACGAAGACGGCCUGCUCCUGGGCCAGACUGUUCAGGUCAUCGACCCAGAUGUCCGUGCCCACGUAUAUAGUCUCGUUACUGCGUUAGGUGGAUUCAAUGGUGAAGAUGCUGAUCGCUACGUUCUGGGAGACGACGCACUGGCGUGUCUGCGUGACAUUAAGCGGUGGUUAAAACUGUACGAUGAGAAGAACAACCGCAUGGAUGUUGCCCGAUGUCUGGGAGAAGCGAAUCUUGUGAAUGGCGACCUGCUACCCAUCCUGUCUGUUUGGUCUGGGUCCAAUCAAAAAAGCAAAUACAUGUCCAGAGUUGCGCUGGCAUGUUUGGAGCUGCUGGUACCUCUAACAUGGCCAGUGGAACUGCAUAGCCAGAUGACAGUCAAUCAUCAUCGCCAUGUUCCCUAUCUACAACAAGCCCAGGUUCAAUAUAAGAGAGGGAUUCUUAGCCAUGGGAACUCAGGCCUGCUCCGAACCACUAUCUCCAUUGGCCUUCCUAGUAUGGCUAUCGCCCGUUCUGAGCGAACCACACGCGAUGAAGGCAUUCUGAAACUCAUGCUCUACCUUAUCCGGAACGUUGCAGUUAUAGCCCCGGAUACACGUCUUGUGGCUGAAGGCGAUGAGGAGGAGACGUCAAGGUCUGCGACCAUCAAUGCUUUUCAACAGCAGGAUGUGUUCGCUCUUCUUCUUACCAUGUGUUCCAAUAUGGGUGAUGAUUUUAACUUACAAGACAUCGUACUUCUGGAAAUAAUAUUUCAUAUCGUAAAGGGAGUUGAUGUCGAGAAAUUGUUUAUGAAUGACGCGCAGAGAAAGGCCAAGCGGACAGAUGAACUCAGCGGUCUUUUAAAGAAAGAAGCAUCUCUCCAGAGGGAAUACGCAAGGAAUGCGCCAACACGCCAUGGUCGAUUUGGGACCAUGAUUUGGGUGAAACGGGAUGACGCGAAGGUUUCUACCGUCUCUGGACAGGAUGUUCUCAAAGAUGGGCAGGCUACGCUGUUCAAAAUGGACCAGAGUAAAAAGUGGAAUAGGCCUCAACCGCGUCGGAAACAUGAUGGACUAGAUGCAAACAAUGAUUUCAAUACGCCGGCCCAUCUCUCUUUAUCAGCAUCCAAGAACCUGCGGACAUUCGUGGAGGAGUUCCUAGACUCCGGAUUCAACCCCCUUUUCAUCCACGUGAGGAAGGCGAUAGAGCGCGAAGCUGAUCGCGUAACGGACAUUAAUACACGGCAGUUCUUCUACACAGCAGCCUGGCUUCUUCAGGCGGAACGUGUUCGCCGUGUCCGCCAGAAUGAGCAACACCAACGGAACAAUGAGAAAUCGAGAGAACUCCAGCCAGACAGUUUUGGCCUCGUUGCCAGCGUUCUGACCCAGGAGAUGUUCGUCUUCCUAAAUCGGUCGAUGCAGUAUAGUCUUGACCAUAAGGACUGGGAAGAUCUCAACGCUGAGAUGCGCUGUUUCACUCAGAUCUUACUGACAGUACAGGAAAUGACUUUGUCACCAUUAGAAGAGGACCAGGAGAUCGCAGAAAAUAUCCAAAACCGCAUUUUCUACGAGGAGACCACUUUAGAUCGAGUCCUAACUAUUGCCCGUGGAUUCAAAGACCAAGGAUUUGGUUACCUAGAUGCAUGUACAGAGCUUGUUCACAUCUUCCUGCGGGUUCUUGAACGCUACUCCAAACAAAACACUGACAUGCAAGUACGGUCUCGUCGGCGGGCUCGCCGUAAGAAGCGGGCUGAACAUGCUUCAGAGCAUGGCAACGAGCAAGUCCUUGAUGAAGAACAGGAUUCCGAGGAGGAAGAUCUAGCAGAAGCUGAGAGAGUUUCAAGAGAGCGCAAAUUCGAUUUUAAUCGAUUCGCUGCUAGAUUUUGCAAUCAAAAAUGUGUCGAUACGUUUGUCGCUUUUACCAGAUUUUACAGGGACCUAAAUGCUGAACAGUUGAAACGCGCGCACCGCUACUUUUAUCGAAUUGCAUUCAAGCAAGAGAUGAGUGUCUUGCUUUUUCGAGUCGACAUAAUCAAUAUGUUUUAUAGGAUGAUCAAAGGGCCCGGUGCUCUUGAUUCGAGUAGCCCCAUCUUUAAGGAAUGGGAGGAACUGGUUCGGCAGCUCAUCAGGAGAUUGGUCAAAAAGAUUGACCAGCGUCCGGCUAUGAUAACAGAGUUGCUCUUCAGCAAGAUCAACUCAACAUUGUUCUACUUGGAAUACGGGCAUGAAAAGCAGACGAUGUCGCGCAGAAGACCGCCGGCUGAACUUGAGGUUGACAUCAAGGAGGCUUCGACACCUGAAGAACAAUUGGAGGUGGUCGUAGCUGUGCUUAUAAUGGACGAGCAGGCAGAAUUGGUUAAAUGGAUCAGUGAUGUCCUGGGUUCCGCAGCGGAUGAAAGAGAGGCUUGGGAGGCACAGGAGGAAGCACGAAGGGCUGAGUCCCCUACGACGGCGGUUGUUCCCAAUCCUAUUAUCACUGUGAAACCUUGUGAUGAGUCCUGCGAGGAAGCGAUGUUUUCGAACGCCAAACUCCGUCUUCUUAUGAUGCUAAUUCAUUUUGAACGACUGGGGUUCGAGGAUGUUGCUGGAGCUUCCUGGGCUGUCCCUUCAGCAUUGACAUCGAAGGAACUCCGAGAUACCAAAAAGUCAAUUGACUCCCACCUGGCUAAUCCUAUUACUGAAUUCAAGGGUCAAGACCCUCACCAACUAAUUCGGCGUAAAAACGACAGUGCAACUAGGGGAAAUACCUACCAGCCAACACUAGACGUCGAUUUCGGAUCAGAGUCUGAGGGAGAGGAAGUGCCCGACGGGCCUCUCUUCCCGCCGAAUCCCCGAUCAAAGUCCACUGCAUUGGACGAACUGAGGAAGAGGCGCAAGAAGAAGCGGCAAGAAGACGGUGAGGGGGAGCCGCUGGAUGAUGAGAAACUCGAAGAACGUCGUCAUGCACGUCUGGCGAACUCGUUGGCCCGGCAAGCGAAAAUAAAGAGCGACCUUUUCAUCCAUGAAAGCGAUGAAGAGACUGAUGAGGAGGCCGAUAGGGAAUUCUUUCUCCUUGAGGAAAAGCGGAGACAGGCCCAAGCAGAGAGAGUCAGGCAAGCCCUGCUCACUGGCGCUGUAGACCAGACCGUUGGCAAAACAGGAAAAGGGAAGGGGAAGAAGCGAAAGAGCGAAACUCAUAAAAUUCCGGAUACCGGGACUGAAAGGAAGCGACAACGAGGAAGUUCUGAGGACUUAGCGGAUGCCAAUGAUACUGGAGAUGAAGACGCUAUCAUGGCCGAUGUUCUCUCACAGUCCCCACACGGAGAUACUUUGCACAGCCAUGACGCUGAAGAUGUCGGUAACACUCCUCCCACAUCAGCUGGAGACGACAUGGACUUUGAUGACGAUCUCGCAUUUGGCCGAGACCGACGUCUCAAGCCGGAUUCCCCAGUCGAUCCCCAGCCGAAUGGCGCUGACAGCCAGGAUGAAGACGAGAAUGUGCCUGUAACGGCUCCGCUUAGAAAGCGCAUGAGGGCCGGUUUCAUAAUUGACAGUGACUCAGAGUAG